AGUCAGGCUCCGCCCGCUGUGGCGCGCGGCCUCCUGGUCCCUAAGGAUCCCGCUACCUGUUCGCGCGCCGACGCUCUGCAGCACUACUUCCCUCGGGAAUUCUGGGUGGUCCCCUCCGCUGAGGUGCCAUCGGGUCCAGCCGUCGCAGAGUCAGCAACGACACGAAAGCCACCAAGCUCAGGGCAAUAGCUGCGACAGCGAAAGCGAGGCGGGAACGGGGUCGGGACGCGGGAGCGACGCGCUCGGUCCUCGUCCGGCUCACGGCCAGACGAGAGCAAUCGGAGGCCGAGCGGUGGCGGGGGUUGGGGGGGGGAGGCGGGGCCUUCUCGGCCCUUGGCGCUGCAACCCUGAGGCACCUGCGGAAUUCUGUGUUCUCCCGUAGCUGGGCUGCGGCGGCGACGCGGGAAGAAGUCCCAGACAGAGAUACUGUUAGAGAAGUUUACAAAGAAAUACCAACAUGUCAUCAUCUACGCCAUUUAAGAUGAGACUAGUUCAUUUGGACCUUAAAGGAGCGCCACCAAGGGUUUCCUAUCUCUCUGAGGUUUUUCCUUUGUUCCAUGCACUUGGUGCAAAUGGCCUCCUCAUUGAGUACGAAGACAUGUUUCCCUAUGAGGGCCACCUGAGGCUGCUGAGGGCCAAGCAUGCAUACAGCCCCUCCGAAGUUACAGAGAUCCUGCGCCUGGCCAGACUCAGUGAGCUGGAAGUUAUCCCCUUGGUGCAGACAUUCGGACACAUGGAGUUUGUGCUAAAGCACGCAGCAUUUGCACAUCUCCGUGAAGUGGCUCUCUUCCCCAACACGCUGAACCCUCACGAGGCUGAGUCCCUGGCCUUGGUACAAGCUAUGAUCGAUCAAAUUCUGGAGCUACACAGGGAUGUCCGGUGGCUCCACAUUGGCUGUGACGAGGUCUACUACUUGGGUGAGGGGGAAACCUCAAAACAGUGGCUACAGCAGGAACAGAACAGCCAUGCGAAAUUGUGCCUGAGUCACAUGCAGGCAGUAGCCAGCCAUGUGCUGACCCAGCACCCUGGCAUAACACCCUUGGUGUGGGAUGACAUGCUACGGGACAUCCCUCAGGAACAGCUAAAAGCAUCUGGGGUGCCUCAACUGGUGGAGCCUGUCCUCUGGGACUAUGGAGCUGACCUGGAUGUCCAUGGCAAAGUCUUCCUCAUAGGAAAGUAUCAGGAGUGUGGCUUCCAGAGGCUGUGGGCUGCCAGUGCCUUCAAGGGGGCCACAGGAGCUAGUCAGGCUCUGCCCCCUGUUGAGCACCACAUCAGAAACCAUGAGCUGUGGCUGCAGGUGGCAGGCAGUGGACCAAGGGAUGCUCUACAAGGAAUCAUCCUGACGGGCUGGCAGAGGUAUGACCACUUCUCUGUGCUGUGUGAGCUGCUUCCUGUGGGGAUCCCAUCCCUGGCUGCCUGUCUACAGUCACUUGUACAUGGAGGCUUUGCUGAGGAUGUUAGGCUGAGAGCAGAACACUUCCUUGGGGUUUCAAGCCUGGAGAUAACGGAUACUGUAAGUGAGGGAGCUGGCUCCUUCCCUGGCAGUGACAUCCAUGCCCUCGUCACACAAAUUAGUCUCCACCUGCGCAGCUCUGUGGAUACGCUUCUGGAAAGGAACAGGUAUGUCACUGGCUGGUUCAGCCCCUACCAUCGCAGGCGGAAGCUUGUUCACCCAGUUAUGAUCCAGCACAUACAGCCGGAGGCACUCAGCCUUCUAAGCAGGUGGAACAACCUCGUGCAGCAGUUGGAGGCGGCCCUGCAGCUGGUCUUCUACCCAGACACCAUAGAGGAGUGGCUGGAGGAGAAUGUGCUCCCGAGUAUGCAGCGACUGCAGGAUCUGCUGCAGGACCUGGGUGAGGCGGCUGCCCGACAGCCACCACCCACCGGCCCAGGCUGGGACACAGGGCAGAACCCAUAAGACGCUGGGGCCCUGUGAAUCAGCCUGGAGAGCACCAAGAUUCCUGUCUCCGUGGCCCAGCCGUGUGGAGCCUGUGCUCUUCCUGCUGAGCUCUGGACACCUGUACAGACAGGCUUUCCAACUGUAUGAACAGUAACUUUGUGCAAAAUAGAAAACAGAAAGGCACAUUUGCAAGUUGCAUGUAGAGCUUUAUUACUUCUGAAAUUAAAAGACCAGUAGAAGUGGAA